UUCCGGUAGAUCUGCCUCAGACGGCCAUAUUGGACUUUUUCAAGGGUAUCUGAAGACGCUAAGCCAGACGACAUGUACCGGUUUGCGAAGACUGUAGCUAUCCUCGGAGGCCGAACCGGGCGGCAGCUGAGGCAUGGAUCCACCGCGCCUCAGGACUUCCACUCCAAGUACGGCAUGGGAGUUCUGGUCAGUGGCUCCGUCUUCUGCACCGCCGUCUGGGCGUAUGUUCUGACCCAGACGGGAAUCGUGUGGAACCUGUCUCCAGUCAAGAGGAUGACGCCCAAACCAUGGAGAGACGCAGAGUGAGGAGCAGCGAGCGUCUGGAUGGACAAACAUGAUCUGUGUUCACAUGGAAAUUUCUCUUUAUCCAACAAACUAUUUUGUUCAAAUAAAUUGAUUCCACUUCUCUGCUGUUUGAAGGUUGUUUCCAGGACAGAACAGAAAUCUUCCUGCUUAUAUCAGCGACUUACAGAAUAUUUUCAACGUUCAGGAAUAAAAAUCUGUUAAAGAAUA